UCCAAUAGUUGGCUUUCACUGCAUUUUUCUUUUUAACUGAUAACGCCCUUUUCUCUCAGAUCUUUACGCAUCGGCGGAGAGAGGAUCAGAGCGUUAAUAGGGUUUAAAAGGCCAUGGCGGGAUCAGGGAGUUCGAUGCUAUAUUCAUUUCUUUUAUUUACUGUGAUUCUCUCACUCCAAGAGAUGUAUCCAGGGAAGUUAGCUUCGUCAGAGCUUUUCACAAUACUUGGUGGAUUCAUCAGCUCCCUCUUGUUUCUUGUGUUACUAACAUUCAUUGGGAAUUUCCAGGAGGCAAAUGGGAUGAGGACCGGUUGGGGUGCCGUCAUAUUAGCAGAAGCUGUGGCACUGAUUGCUGCUAGCACUGUUCACCGUGUGUGUAUCACGACAUGUUUCUUGUUCUCAGCUGGAUUACUUUAUGAGAUCAACAAGAUUUCAGGAGUGACUGUUUCUAAAAUUGAAUAAAAAACAAAGAGGCACUGAGUUUAAAGAUCAUUCCCUUUCAGAAUAAAAGUUAGUAUUUGAUUAGAAGGUUGUUUGGUUGUGGCAUUGUGCUAUUAGGACUAUAUAUAAUCAACGAUCAUCAGUAAUUUCAAUAUAGAAAUUUUCCGUUAGAGGUCACUGUUGUUCACGUGUUAUUAGCUCACCCUUGAUUUCCUCUGAAUGAAGAAUUUUGAGAAGAGUUAUUGUUUUCCUCUCCA